AUGGAGAGACUGCUGCUGUGGGUUGGGCUGGCACUUGCGCUGCAGCACCAUGGUGGUGCUGCCCAUAAACUGGUGUGUUAUUUCACCAGCUGGGCACACAACCGGCCUGGCCCCGCCUCGGUCUGGCCCCAUGACCUGGACCCCUUUCUCUGCACCCACCUGGUAUUUGCCUUUGCUUCAAUGAACGACCAUCAGCUGGUGGCUAAGGACCUCCAGGACGAGAAAAUUCUCUACCCGGAGUUCAACAAGCUCAAGGAGAGGAACCGCAGACUGAAAACUCUGCUGUCCGUCGGGGGCUGGAACUUUGGCACAUCCAGGUUCACUGCCAUGUUGUCCACAUCCGCCACCCGGGAGAGGUUCAUCAGUUCAGCUAUAUCCCUCCUGAGGACUCACGGCUUCGAUGGUCUGGACCUCUGCUUCUUGUACCCGGGACUGAGAGGCAGUCCCAUGCAUGACCGGUGGAAUUUUCUCUUCCUGAUUCAAGAGCUGCUAUGGGCCUUCCAGAAGGAGGCACAGCUCACCUUUCGCCCGAGGCUGUUGCUGUCUGCAGCUGUCUCUGGGGACCCACAAGUCAUCCAAAAAGCUUACGAUGUGCGCAGCCUAGGAAGACUCCUGGACUUCAUCAGUGUCUUGACGUACGACUUACACGGAAGCUGGGAGAAGUUCACGGGACACAACAGCCCCCUGUACUCUCUGCUUGGAGACCCCAAAUCUUCGGCGCACGCCAUGAGUUACUGGCGAGAGUGGGGGGCCCCCUCGGAGAAGCUCCUCAUGGGGUUCCCCACCUACGGGCGGACGUUUCACCUCCGCCACGCCUCUGAGAAUUGGCUGCGGGCCGAAGCUCUGGGACCUGCGCCUCCGGGGAAGUACACCAAGCAGCCGGGUUUCUUGGCUUAUUAUGAGAUUUGCUCCUUCCUCCGGGGGGCGAAGAAGGAGUGGAUCCAUCAUCAGUCCGUCCCUUACGCCUACAGGGGGGAGGAGUGGCUUGGCUACGAUGAUGCCACGAGCUUCAGAUACAAGGCACUGUACAUCAAGAAAGAGCACUUUGGGGGAGCCAUGGUGUGGACCUUGGACCUGGACGACGUCAGGGGUACUUUCUGUGGCACGGGCCCUUUCCCCCUUGUCUGUGUGUUACGUCACCUCCUGCGGCAGGCUGAGUACAGCUCAACAAUUUUACUACAGUUUUGGAUCUCAUCUGCUAUGAAUUCCUCAAGAACCAGCUCUGGAAGGCUGACUGAGACUGGGGUGCUGCCCACUGAUUCGAGGGGGCUGCUCCCACGGGGCAGGGGUGCAGCCACUGAGACCCAGAGAAAGGCUGAAACCGUGACGACACUCCCCGGAGGCAGGAUGGCGAGCCCUGCCAGGGGGGCUACACCCUUUGUGAAGCCCAGUGUGGUUCUACAAGGGAAGACAGAGACCCCUGCGGAAGGGAUCGUGACCCCCACGGAAGAGAUCGUGACCCCCUCGGAAGGGAUCGUGACCCCCUCGGAAGAGAUCGUGACCCCCACGGAAGGGAUCGUGACCCCCUCGGAAGGGAUCGUGACCCCCUCGGAAGAGAUCGUGACCCCCUCGGAAGGGAUCGUGACCCCCUCGGAAGGAAUCGUGACCCCCUCGGAAGAGAUUGUGACCCCCACGGAAGAGAUCGUGACCCCUGUGGCCCCUGAGUAG